AGUAAGCGCACCUCCAUCAGUUCCCUGAGGCUACCUCAACUUUUUUUUCUCUUUUUCCAGGAGCGUCUCCUCGCUGCUACUAUUCGAGGGAGCAAAACACCCUCCUCAGACUUUAGAAAAAGAGUAAGAGGUGACCAUGAAACUGGCAACAAUUCGCAGCGCUUGCUGUAACCUCCGAGCGCGUGCCUCCCGUCCAGGAGGCAGAUUUAGCGGCAUUUCGCGGGGAUGUGUUCCUGUGGCGACCAGCAGCAGCCGAACAAUCCUCCGGACGGCUAGCUCCCCUCCUAGCAGCGGGACCAGCCGCACGUUAACUGCAAACUUCGGGAAACAAAGCAAAGAGGAUGGCUGGUCUGAAUGCAAUCGAUCGGUGGGGGAAGUGGUCGGCAAUACCAAGGAGGCAAUCGCAGCCAUCCAAAGAAGGAAUCCUGAAAUCCAGCCUAUGUUGGUCAUAUUACAGGCUGGCGAAGACAACAGCGUGUUGGAGAUCAAUAAGAAAAUAGCAGGCGAGAUUGGUUUGAAAACCACUCAAAUUUGCUUGGCAAAGAGUUGCAGUGAAGAUGAAACGGUGGAAGAGUUACUGCGGCUCAACGAUGAUCCCAGCGUCCACGGAGUCUUCCUCCACCUCCCGUCUACUUCCCUCACCAGCCGAGUUCUCAGCACACUCAAACCAGAGAAGGAUGUUGAUGGCAUAACUGAUUUGAAUAUAGGACGCUUGGUCAGAGGAGACACAAGUAAAGGCUUUGUUCCACCAAAGGCAAGUGCUGUUUUGGAACUGCUGCGAAAUCACGAUGCUCCUUUGAAAGGGAAGUCUGUGUUGCUGGUCGGAGGACAGGGCUCGCUCAGGCUGGCCAUGCAGUGCCUGAUUGAAAGAAGUGGGAUGAAUGCUCAAACAGCUGAUUGGAACUCAAAGAGCUUGAAAACCCAGGUAAUGCAGGCCGAUGCUGUGGUUACAUUAAGUGCAGGAAGCGUGGACAUCCCGCCCUCCUGGGUUCGACCAGAGGCAGUCAUCAUUCACUGCGAGUCAGCCCUGGAACCAGGUGAUGACAUUGACUUGUCUUCAAGCUCUGCUUUAGGAUACCUCACAGCUGCCUACAGAGCACAGAAUGUGGUUCAGAGCUGCAGGCGAUGGCUUCAGGAGCAGCAGUACAGACCCUGGCGUCUGCACAGCCUCAAACUACAGCCUUUAAACCCUGUUCCAACUGACAUUGAGAUCUCAAGAGCUCAGAAACCUAAGCCUGUAGAUCAGCUGGCAGAGGAGAUCGGUCUGCUGCCAGAGGAGCUUGAAGCUUACGGCAGGAACAAAGCGAAGGUCCGACUCUCCCUCUUAGACCGUCUCAACUCCCAGCCUGAUGGCAAAUAUGUGCUGGUUGCUGGUAUAACACCAACUCCCCUCGGUGAGGGUAAAAGCACCGUGACCAUAGGCCUGGUCCAGGCUUUGACUGCCCACCUCAAGCUUAACUCCUUUGCUUGCCUUCGGCAACCUUCUCAGGGACCUACCUUUGGAGUUAAAGGAGGUGCUGCAGGAGGGGGUUAUGCACAGGUCAUCCCUAUGGAGGAGUUCAACCUCCAUCUGACGGGCGACAUCCAUGCCAUCACAGCAGCCAAUAACCUGGUGGCAGCAGCAAUCGACGCCAGGAUGCUUCACGAGGCAACGCAAUCUGACAAGGCCCUGUUCAACAGACUGGUCCCUUCAGUAAAUGGAGUUAGAAAAUUCUCUCCAAUCCAGAUCUCUAGACUUCAGCGUCUCGGCAUCCAUAAAACAGAUCCUGCCUCCCUUACACCCCAUGAAGUGAGCAGCUUCGUACGCCUUGAUCUCGAUCCUUCGAAGAUCACCUGGCACAGAGUUGUUGAUACAAAUGACCGCUUCCUGAGAAAAAUCACAGUGGGUCAGGCGACCACUGAAAAAGGACAGAUCAGAGAGACUGGUUUUGACAUUGCAGUAGCCAGUGAGAUCAUGGCUAUCCUGGCCCUCGCUGACAGCCUGAAGGACAUGAAGGACAGACUGGCCCGCAUGGUGGUGGGAACCAGUAGCUCUGGAGAACCUGUCACAGCAGAGGACCUGGGUGUAAGUGGUGCGCUGGCCGUGCUAAUGAAAGAUGCCAUAAAACCUACAUUGAUGCAGACCCUUGAGGGUACGCCAGUGUUUGUCCACGCCGGGCCCUUCGCCAACAUCGCCCAUGGCAACUCCUCGGUGCUGGCAGACAAGCUGGCUUUGAAGUUGGUCGGAAAGGACGGCUAUGUGGUGACUGAAGCUGGCUUCGGAGCAGACAUUGGGAUGGAGAAAUUCUUUAAUAUUAAGUGUCGAGCUUCUGGUUUGAGGCCCAAUGUGGUGGUGCUGGUUGCAACUGUGCGAGCGCUGAAGAUGCAUGGAGGGGGCCCAAAUGUGUCAGCUGGUGCGCCUCUUCCCAAAGAGUACAUUGACGAGAACCUCAGCCUCGUUGCCAGCGGCUGCCGUAGCAACCUGAAGAAGCAAAUCCAGAUUGCCCACCUAUUUGGCGUUCCUGUGGUGGUGGCACUGAACGCUUUCAGGACGGACACCCAAGCAGAGAUUGACCUGGUGUGUCAGAUAGCCAGAGAGUGUGGCGCUUCUGACGCUGUGCCGUGUCAGCACUGGUCGCAGGGUGGGCGGGGCUCUUUACAGCUGGCCAAGGCCGUGAAAGAGGCAGCUAGCAGACCUGCAAACUUCCAGUUCCUGUAUAAUACAGAGAUGCCAAUACUGGAGAAGAUCCGAACAAUAGCCCAGAAAGUGUACGGAGCGGAGGACAUCGAGCUGUCUCCAGAGGCCAGGAGCAAAAUAGAUUACUAUAAUCAACAGGGUUAUGGAUCAUUGCCCAUCUGCAUGGCAAAGACCCAUCUGUCCCUGUCCCACAUGCCUGAUAAGAAAGGCGCACCCACUGGAUUCGUUCUGCCCAUCAGGGAUGUCCGUGCAAGUAUUGGAGCAGGCUUCAUCUACCCACUAGUGGGAACGAUGAGCACAAUGCCCGGCCUGCCAACCCGACCUUGUUUCUACGACAUAGACCUCGAUCCAGUAACGGAGGAGAUCAGCGGCCUCUUCUGAGCAACAUGUUUCAGUUGGUUCUCAGGAUCCGUAACACUCAGCUGUUCCCUCUACAUCUGAAACACUGAGAUGAAACACCACAGCUGUUAAAAGUAGCCUCACAUCAAAAGCCUUGUGCUUAAAUAUGUCUGCUCUUUGCUGUUUGGCCUGAAUACCUAACUAUGAAAGCUAAUACAGAAAAGCAGUGCUUAAUGUGCUCAGUGACAAUCCUGCUGACUUAUUUUACCUUAGCAGCAUUAAAUUCAAUUAAUUUUUCUUUGUUUCAAGAACAACAAAUCAA